GUAUGUGUGUGUAUGUGUGUGUAUGUGUGUGUGCGCUCGCGUGCAUGUGUCGGUGUGUGCGCUCAUGUAAGAAAGAGCAAGAGAAAGCGUGCCUCCCGCUGCUGCUUAGAAACGGACAGCGAGUGUGUGACCCUUUGCCCAGGGGAUCUGGGGCAAGAGCGAGGGGGUCGAGAGCGGGGGCGUGCUGAGGAGUUGACCCUUGCACCGCUCUGUCUGUGUGUAUCUGUGUGACUGUCUGAGUGUUUGUGUAUGUGUGUGUGUGUCCUGGCUGGCUGGGCGGUCCCAGCCUCACGCUUGGUUAGCGAGGACCAGAGAGCAGGGAUGACAGGCUGAGUCCCAGCCCAGCCUCACCACACACAGAGCCUCAUUUCUGGGUGGCUGCGAGGGCACAGCGCCUCUCGAUCGAAGUCAUCCAGGACAGGAUUCCUGCCUGCUCAUCUGAAACAAGUUGCUCUUGCUUCAUGACACUUAAACAGUAACCAUGUUUGGACUAAAAGCACCACUUUACUACUUGCCAGGCAUGAGCCAUGAGCCAAAGUCACCAUCAUUAGGAAUGAUCUCCACAGCCACCCGUACCACGGCGACGGUCAGCCCCCUCACCCCGUCACCUCUCAACGGCUCCAUCGUAGCCAAUGGGAGCCCAGCUGCCCAGUCAGCUCACUCCGGAUUUGCUGCAGCCCUUCGGAAACUGGCUAAACAGGCUGAAGAACCUCGAGCUGCGUCCUCCAUCAGCAGUGAAUCGUCUCCAGUGUCCUCCCCGGCCACCAACCACAGCUCUCCGGUCAGCACGCCUAAGAGGGGUCCCCUCGGUCCAGGGCCGGUCCUGGUUCCUCCAUCGGGCCACAGUGUGCCAAACACUCCACCUGUAGUCACCAUUGCUCCGACAAAGACAAGCAACGGCCUGUGGAGAAACGAGGGACGCCAGGCUGACUCGGGGCCUCGUGGAGCCAGCAGGGAGCGUCUGGGCGCAGAGGGGGCCCUCUCCCAGGAAAAGGGUGGCCCCUCGGUCCCCGCUCACCUCCUGGGAAACCCCUAUGCCUUUGGUCUCACCCCCGGCGCAGUCAUGCAGGAUUCACGGUUUCAGCCCCUCAACCUGCCCAGACAGUUGCCUAAUACAGUUCCCCCUGGUCCCGUACCUGAGGAGUACCUCCGGGGUUUUCGGCCCUACGCCACCACUGAGGACGCUCUCCGGAUGCCCUCUCUGCCCUUGGGCCUGGAUCCCGCUACUGCGGCUGCUGCAGCUGCUUACUACCACCCCAGCUACCUGCCCCACCCCUCCUUCACGCCAUACAGGAUGGACGAUCCAUUCUGCCUCUCAGCUUUGAGGUCACCUUUCUAUCCGCUGCCAACAGGGGGCGCUUUACCCCCCAUCCAUCCCUCUGCUGUUCACAUGCACUUACCGGGGGUCCGUUACCCUGGAGACUUCACACACCCCUCACUGUCGGCGCUGCAGUCGGAAAGGCUUCAGCUGGAGGAUGAGCUGCGGCAGCGAGAGAGGGAACGGGAACGGGAGCGCGAGCGCGAAAAAGAGAGGGAGCGCGAGGUGGAGAGAGAGAAGGAGCGCGAGAGGGAGCGAGAGAGGGAGCGGGAACGGGAGAAGGAGCUGGAGAGGGAGAGGGAGCGCGAGAGAGAGCGGGAGCGGGAGAGAGAACGAGAGAAGGAAAGAGAAAGAGAGAAGGAACUGGAGAGGCAGAAAGAGAGGGCAUUGAGGGAGAAGGAGCUGCAGGCAUCCAAAGCCAUGGAGAACCACUACCUGGCUGAGCUUCAUGCCAUGAGAGGACAGGAUGAGCGAACCAAGCCUGAAAGACUAACCCCCAAUCGGGCUGAUAAAACCAAAGAGCCCGCCCUUCCAGCCCCUAAACCUGUCCCACCAGGAAUCCAUGCUGCAAUGGUCCAGCCUCACCACCCCAUCCCCGGUCUGAUCUCAGGCCACAGCCUCUACAUGGGACCCGGCUCUGUAGGGGCCGGGCUGCAGAACUCCAUGAUUGCCCAGAGGACCAACGAGGAGGAGAGGUGGUUGGCACGGCAACGCAAGCUGCGUCAGGAGAAGGAGGACCGCCAGUACCAGGUGUCUGAAUUCCGCCAGCAGGUUCUGGAGCAGCACCUGGAUCUGGGCCGCCCAGCUGAUGCUGCAGAUCACAGGACAGACUCACACAGAUCCAUACCAAAUCACCAUGAACCGGGAAGCCGGGACCUCCACCCUCACUUAGGCGCCCCUCCGCCGCUCAUCUCACCCAAACCUCCACAGCCGCGUGAACAUCACCCUCCGCCUCCCACCACCCUGUGGAACCCUGCAUCUCUCAUAGAAACGGCGUCGGAGGCCAGACGUAACCACGAGCCCUCAGGGAUGGCGCACUACGAGCUCAGCCGGCUGCCCCCGGGGCCCUCCAAAUACGACGACGGAGCCCGGAGGAGAGAUGGCGGCGCGAUGGAAAAGUACACACCUCUGAGAGGUCCCCCGGGCCUGCCUGAGCCCAGCACAUUCCUCGCCGAUCUAGAGAAAUCCACCCAGACCUUUUUGAGCCAGCAGAGGGCGUCUCUGUCUCUUUCCAGCCAGUAUGAACUGGAGGGAAAUGUAAAAAGCAACAUUGGACUCAAAGGCCUUCAGGGACAUCCAGGGCACAGCAGACAUAAUCAAGGACUGGGAUUGGUCAGUGGGCCGGGCAUCGGGCCGUUAACCUCGAUGGGGAUGUGUCCGGAAUCGAUGCUGAUCUAUGACGAGUUCCUUCAGCAGCACCGGAGGCCCGUCAGCAAGCUGGACCUGGAGGAGAAGAGGAGGAAGGAGGCCAGGGAAAAAGGUUACUACUAUGAGCUGGAUGACUCAUAUGAUGAGAGCGAUGAGGAAGAGGUGAGAGCUCACCUCAGGAGAGUAGCAGAGCAGCCCCCCCUCAAGCUGGACGACUCCACAGAGAAAUUGGACUUCCUGGGAGUGUUCAGCCUGACGACAGUAGGCAGACGAGACGAGCUCGUGCAGCAGAAGAGAAGAAAGAGGAGGAGGAUGCUGCGGGAGCGGAGCCCCUCACCUGCCUCACAGUCCAAACGCACUCCUCCUCCUCAGCUCAGCACACGAUUCACCCCCGAGGAGAUGGACCGAGCGCCAGAGCUCGAGGAUAAGAAGCGCUUCCUCACCAUGUUCAGACUGUCCCACGUCACCAUACAGCAGAGGAGAGAUAAUGAAAGGGUGUUGGAGCUGCUUCAGGCCAUUAAAGAAAAGAGCGUAACCUUGGAUACCAUCAGAAAUGCACCUCAUCCGCUGUGUAAGAGCCCUCCAGCACAGAUCUCCGAUACAGCGUUUGGCCAGCCUUCCUCUGAAUCAGAAGACCACCAUAAUCUCAGACCGCAUAGCCCCCCCUCGCAUUGCCCAGCAUCCCCCAAUGGCCACACAAAACCCCUCGGGGAUACAUUAAGACCAAAGGCACCACCUUCCCCAGCUGUCUACCCAGACAAGGCCCGGGGGCCCAGCGAGGGACCCAUCUCCAAGAGGAGCUCCAGUCUCCUGAACAGCUUGCGGCCCCCGCUCCCCCUGCAGGCCAAAGAAGGCCUUCACAGCAUCAACGGCCGCACAAAACCGUGGGACAGCUUCACGCCGGAGGAAUUCGCCCAGCAGUUCCAUGAGUCCGUGCUUCAGUCCACUCAGAAGGCUCUGCAAAAACACAAAGGUGGAGCCACGGGGGCGUCGGAGUCGUCCCACCUGCAGGAGUCCUCUGUUCAUUACAACAUUCCAGAGCUGCAGAGCGCCCCGGGCCGACCGCCGCCGCCGCCACAGCCACAUCCACAGUCCCACUCCAGCACGCAGUCGUUCUCCCUCCCGCUCCCACUGUCCCACCCCCAGUCCAACGGGCAGCACGUCUCGGCGCCGCCGCACAGAGACGCCUUGGCGAGCAGAGAGGACCUGUCCGGGCCCGAGGACUCGGACGACGAAGACGAUGAGGAGGAGGAGGAGGCUCCGGUGUUUAAAUGGCAGGGGAUCGAAUCUAUAUUUGAAGCUUAUCAGGAAUAUGUAGAAGAGCAAAGUCUGGAGCGACACGUAUUGCAGAACCAGUGCCGGAGACUAGAAGCUCAGAACUACAACCUCAGUCUGACUGCUGAGCAGCUGUCGCAUAGCAUGGGGGAGCUGAUGUCGCAGAGACAGAAGCUGGCAGUGGAACGGGAGAAGCUACAAGCAGAGCUGGAGCACUUCAGGAAGUGUUUGACGCUGCCGCAGACGCACUGGCCGAGAAGCGGCCAUUACAAAGGCUACCCGCCCAGGUGACCCUGACGCAGUGACCCGACGGCCCCCGGGGGCUGUGGCCACCCCACCCCCCCACCCCCUCUCAGACUGACACCCAGAGUUUAUUUUUCAUGACGUGGUCCUGACGGCUCCAUGGCAGAGAUAAGUUGAAUGAAUUGAAUGGAUGAAUGAACGAGUGGAUGGAUGGAUGAAUGCACAGAAGACAGGACCAUUCAGUGAAGGACAUUCAGUCUUUGGACGGCGGCGAGCCAGGGACUGCACCACGAGCCGCUGCCGUGUGCCAAUGUAGCCAACCCCGAGAUCAGCGUGGUUAUCAGGCAGGAGAACCUGAAGAUCAACACACACACACACACACACACACACACACACACACACACACACACACACACAGAAGCCCGCUUCUCACACUCUUCAAUCCCUGCUGCUCUGCUGCUCAGUCCCUGCAUCCCUCACUGCCACAGCCACAGACAAUCCUGCCAAUGAGGGAGCAGCUGCCCCCCGAGGGGCGCCGUCACCAGACUUGAAAGCUCCAGAUCUCCAAAUGAAGGCUUCUGGUCAGCGGGGACAGACGUGACCGCGGUGGCCACGUGAGCUUUUGAACUGGAAAUGCACUUACUCAAAGCUGAAGAACUACCUGGUGGUACUGUGUUACAACAAUGAACUGUUCAAAUUAAGGAAGAACUUAAAAUGCACAUUUUUGGAAAGAAUUAAGGAAAUGUUUUAUUUCGAAAUAGAAAAUUUGAAAAUAAAAAAAUUUAAAAGGUGCUUCAGCCUUGUAUUGUAUAUAAUAUGAAGACUUAAAAGAAUUUUUGUAUGUUUUUAUUACUUUAAUCAUUGUUCUUUUGAAAGAAAAAGCCUGCCAUUUUUAUAUGUUUAUGCUUUUUUUUUUUUGUUUUGUUUUUUGUUUUUUUGAGUUGGAAGAGAAAGCCUUGCUUUUAGUGUUUGUACUGCUGCUGGCCAGAACAGCUUGUUUUGAAACAUUUACUGGAGUGAAAGAAAGCAGCAUGCGCUCCUCCUCUGACUCUGUCCUGGCAGCACAGCUGAGACCCAGACUCAUCUGGCCUCACCUGGCCUCACCUGGCCUCACCUGGCCUCACCUGGCCUCACCUGGCCUUACCCGGCCUCCUGAGUCAGCGAGGCUAACUCGGGGGUCCUGAGACACGGCUUCUGCCCUCCGACCCCCCCGUUUCCGUCACAGCAACACGUCUCUGUUUCAGUGCCCGUUUCAGCGGCUCUGCUGGUCAGCUCCACUUCAGCUGGCAUCACCGGUUCGCUUUCAAUAUCCUCCCGCUGAGUGCAGUCCCACAGUGAUACAUUUAUUUUCUUUUGUUUUUAUCUCUUUCUCUUUUUUUUUUCAGUUACAAACAUGAAGAGUCUCUCAAGCAGCCAGCAAAUAAAACUGUCUCCUCCUGCUUUGUUGUCACUAUUGGACCUUCGCUUUAUUUUGUAUUUACGUCAUACAGCAUUGGACUCAAACACAGAGUCUGUUUGCAUAAUGUUACGCCUUAAAACAUGAAGCUCUUAUCAGCCGCCAGUAGAGGACACGGUGCCAAAAACAAAACAAACGGUAGGAUUUUGGUUGGAGGUGUAAUUGGGUCGCUGAACACUGAAACCAACACAGGCCAUCCUCCUACAGCUGUCGAAUGCCUUUGUCCUAGCUCGGUAUCUUUGUAAUUUCCCCCUCUUUUUGGGAUCCUCCAAUAUUCACAGUUGCCAACAUAUUCUAAAUAACAGGCUGGAAAUCACACAAAAUUGCAAAAUGGACAGUUUUGUCAGUUUGAAAUUCGGCUCAUUAACGUCAUACACUGUAGCUCGUGUAAGAAUUUCAGAAUCCAAUGGAAAACUGUUUUGGUUUUGUUUUUUUACAAAAUGAUUAAAAAAGACUGAAGCACAACACCCCCCUCCCCUACACACACACACACACACACACACACACACACACACACACA